GUCAUUACUGUCUCCGUUUCUCUGUCUUCUCCUUCUCCUUCUCCUUCUCCGACGCCGCUUCUUCGCUGGAUUCCUCUCGGUACGAGCACUAUCUUCCACCGGAAAACCUCCUAUGAUCGCCGGGAAACUGCUUGGUCUGGUGGAAGAACCAAAUUGUUGUCAGAACUAACUGUUCAUCAGCUGCGAUUACUUCGCCUUUGACCGGGAAAUUUCGAAACGGCGAAGCUUAAGUUUCGAUUUUGAGAAGCUUUUGCAGAUCUGAGAGGUAAUUGAAGCCAAAGGUUUUGAUGGUUUCGGAGGCGGAUACGAACGGGGCUCUCGGUCGUAGACGAUGAACGGUCCGCUGGAGAAGGAUCGGCGACUUUGGUGGUGGUUUGGUAGCUAUCUCACAUGGAAUGGCAGAUCUUGAUAGCUACGGUAAUGCCGAGCACAACAUUGAGCAGGGAUUGAUUGCAUUGAAGAAGGGUACCCAACUUUUGAAGUAUGGUAGGAAAGGAAAGCCGAAGUUCUAUCCGUUUAGACUAUCCAAUGAUGAAACAUCUUUGAUCUGGAUAUCAAGUCGUGGUGAAAAGUUGUUGAAGUUAGCUUCUGUAUCUAAAGUUAUCCCUGGACAAAGAACUGUCGUUUUUCAGCGUUAUCUUCGUCCUGAAAAGGAUUACCUAUCCUUUUCUCUCAUAUACGACAACGGAAAGAAGUCCCUUGACUUGAUCUGUAAGGACAAGGUUGAGGCUGAGAUUUGGAUUGGAGGCCUUAGAGCAUUAACAUCAGCCAGGCAAGGUGGACGGUCAAAAAUUGAUGGUUGGAAUGAGGGAGGACUUUCUGUUGAUACCAGUAGAGAUUUGACAGCCAACAGUCCAAGCAACAGUUCUGCAAGGGUGUCACGGGAUCGUAGCUCUCCUGGUACUCCCUACAGUUUCAACCAGAUUGCGUCUCCUAAUAGUUCUGGGUCUGGGGUUCCAACUGACUCGGACAGAUCACAUGUAGCAUCGGACACAACCACAAAUAUGCAAGCAAAGGUAUCUGGUUCAGAUGGAAUCCGAGUUAGUGUCUCUAGUGCCCAAAGCAAUUCCAGUCAUGGUUCUGCAGCAGAUGACACUGAUGCUCUGGGUGAUGUUUACAUAUGGGGUGAAGUUAUUUGUGACAAUGUUGUUAAGGUUGGUAUCGAUAAGAACACUAGUUAUGUUACCACAAGAACUGAUGUCCUUGUACCGAAGCCAUUGGAGUCAAAUGUUGUCUUGGAUGUACAUCACAUUGCAUGUGGUGUCAGACAUGCUGCCCUUGUGACAAGGCAAGGAGAGGCUUUUACGUGGGGCGAAGAAUCUGGAGGACGACUUGGUCAUGGUGUCGGGAAGGAUGUGUCUCAUCCUCGCCUUGUUGAAUCACUAGCAGCCACGACAACUGUUGAGUUUGUUGCUUGUGGAGAGUUCCACACUUGUGCUGUUACCUUGUCUGGAGAGCUAUACACAUGGGGUGAUGGGGCACAUAAUGCUGGGCUUCUAGGGCAUGGUUCUGAUGUCAGUCACUGGAUUCCAAAGAGAAUCUCGGGUUCUCUCGAUGGGCUUCAAGUGUCUUCGGUAACUUGUGGACCAUGGCAUACUGCUCUGAUAACAUCAACCGGGCGGCUUUUUACGUUUGGAGAUGGAACUUUUGGUGUCUUGGGGCACGGUGACAGAGAAACAGUUCAAUGUCCAAGAGAAGUUGAAUCACUUUCCGGGCUUAGAACGAUUUCUGUUUCUUGUGGGGUUUGGCACACUGCUGCUGUGGUUGAUAUCAUCGUUGCACAGUCAAAUGCAAGUUCUGCUUCAUCAGGCAAGUUAUUCACGUGGGGUGAUGGCGACAAAAAUCGUCUCGGGCAAGGGGACAAGGAUCCUCGGUUUAAACCUACAUGUGUGCCCGCACUAAUCGAUUACAAUUUCCACAAAGUUGCGUGUGGACACAGUUUGACUGUUGGUUUGACCACAUCAGGACAAGUUUUUACAAUGGGGAGUACGGUUUAUGGCCAGCUCGGUAAUCCACAGGCUGAUGGGAGGCUUCCAUGUUUGGUAGAGGACAAGCUUGCGGGUGAGAAUGUCGAAGAAAUCAGUUGUGGGGCAUAUCAUGUGGCAGCCUUAACAUCAAGAAACGAGGUUUACACGUGGGGAAAAGGAGCCAAUGGGAGGUUAGGUCACGGCGAUAUGGAGGAUGCUAAAGUUCCAACACUUGUGGAAACUUUGAAGGAUAGACAUGUCAAGUUCAUUGCUUGUGGAUCUAACUAUACGGCAGCUAUAUGUCUUCAUAAAUGGGUCUCUGGUACUGACCAGUCUCAGUGUUCAGCUUGCAGACAGGCUUUUGGGUUUACACGGAAAAGACAUAACUGCUAUAACUGCGGGCUCGUGCAUUGUCAUUCAUGCAGUUCUAAAAAAGCAUUCCGAGCUGCAUUGGCUCCCAACCCGGGAAAGCUAUAUCGUGUGUGUGACUCUUGUUACGUUAAACUGAGCAAAGUUUCUGAAGUAAGCGACACUAACAAGAGGAACAACGUUGUUCCUCGUCUUUCCGGGGAGAACAAAGACAGAUUGGAUAAGGUAGAAAUAGGGAUAGCGAAAUUUGGUACAACCAAUGUGGAGUUGAUCAAGCAAUUGGAUAGCAAAGCAGCCAAACAAGGGAAGAAAACCGAAACUUUUUCACUUGGUCGCUCCCCUCCUCUGCCUUCUUUGUUGCAGUUGAAAGAUAUAAUUCAGUCUAAUGCCGGAGAUAUGAGAAGGGCUUACCCGAAACCAGUUCUUGCUCCAUCGGGUGUGAGCUCUCGGUCUGUAUCACCUUUCUCUAGGAGAUCUAGUCCUCCUCGCUCAGCCACUCCUAUGCCUAAUACUUCAGGACUCUCUUUCUCGAAAGGCAUAGCAGAUAGCCUGAAGAAGACUAAUGAACUCCUGAAUCAAGAGAUCAUCAAGUUGCGAACUCAGGUUGACAGCCUGAGACAAAGGUGUGAACUCCAGGAGAUGGAGCUUCAGAGCUCGGCUAAAAAAGUUCAGGAAGCCGUGACAAUGGCAGCAGAGGAAUCUGCUAAAUCGAGAGCUGCGAAGGAAGCCAUAAAGUCGCUCGUAGCACAGCUCAAGGACAUAGCUGAGAAGUUGCCGCCUGGUGUCUAUGACCCAGAGAGCAUAAAGCUCACCUGCCUACAGAACGGGUUAGAUCAGAACGGUUUUCAUAUUCCGGAAGCAAAUGGGCAGCAUCCUUCCAGAUCGGAUUCAAUCACCUCUUCUAUAUCUUCGGCUGCCCCAUUUGAGUUUGCCUCUGGAAAUGCAUCUUGGUCUGCUUUGCCAUCUCCAAAGAACACACCUGGAGCCAAUGGACGAGACGAGAAUGCAGAUCCAAGGAUUAGUGAUAACGGUUCAUCAGCCACCGAGAGGAACGAGUCAGUCCCUUGCCGAGACAAUAACGGUAAUCAAGUAGAGGCGGAGUGGAUCGAGCAGUAUGAGCCUGGUGUGUAUAUAACUCUUGUAGCUCUCUGUGAUGGAACCAGAGAUCUAAGACGAGUCCGGUUCAGCCGUCGAAAAUUUGGGGAGCAUCAAGCUGAGACAUGGUGGUCGGAAAACCGUGAAAAGGUGUACGAAAAGUACAAUGUUAGAGUGUCGGAGAAAUCGGCGGUGGCUUCUGGGAAAGCCGAUGGGAAUUCUGACCGAGCAUUGUCUCCUCCGUCUAAUCAAACGCAGAGAGACAGAGAAGAAGAUGAACUCCUGUGUGGAACACAAGACUCUAGUUAGAAGAAGAAUCUAAACUUUAAAAUUUUCUACUUUGGCCCCGUAAGUUUCUGUUUCUCUGUGUCAGACCCCGAGUUUCUUCAUUUAUCCUCUUUUUUUUUUCUUGUUUUUCUUUGGUCAAUUUGGUCCAUGUGUAAUCUUCACACCAUUUUUCAUGUCUCUCUUGUAUAUAGAAAAAAGUUCUCGGACCAUUAAUGCAAGAAAAAAAAACAGGAUUGUGUUCAUUAA